CUUGUUGAUCUUGUUUGUUACAGGUUUUGCAGAGCCAUUUCUUUUCCGUUUUUAAAUUGAUGUUCUUUACCUAACAAGUAAGCUGAUUUACCUACAGACUCAGGUUUUUUUACCGUCUCUUUGGAAAGGUAUACAAUAAAUUAUCAUAUUACAAUGCCAUCAAGGUAACCAAAGCACGGGAAGCCAGUAAUCUGGAUGUUAGACGUAGGACGGAAAUUUGGAUGGACUGGAAUCUGGAUGCCAUGCCGAAAUUUUUCAGUAAUUUUGCCUUUUGUAAGGCUGUUCUGUGGUUUUUUAGAAGUUAACUUGCGGUUGGAGCAGCAGAGUGUGUAAUCUGGAAGCUGGAUGAGUACUAGUACACUGUACUUACCUGCUCCCAUUCGGAUGUCCAUUGCAAAGGGAUCUGCUGUGCCAAAAUUGAACGAUGGAGAAAAGACAGAGUUCCCCGAAACAGUCCUUGUCAAAACGCAGGCUAACCAAGCAAGAGCAGCCGCCAGCUAAGGACUCGGGAACAUUGAGCUUCGAAGGAUAUACUUUUUAUUUCUUGCCCCUGGAGCUUCCGCGGAUCCGACGCGAAGUGUUUGCUUCUCGCGUCAUCGAACGUGGCGGAACUGUUUCCGAGGAUGUUGUGCGCCCGUCCGGCGAAAUGGUCAGCCACGUUAUCGUUGAUGACCACAUUUCGUUGUCCCUCAUAUGUCGGGCUUUGCUCCAAGUCGUCUCCGACGCAUUACAUCCAGGCAAACGCAAGAUCAAGUCGACGGACGAAACCGCUGUCAGUGAAUCGAAAAAACGCAUAUUAGGUGCGCUCGAAAACAACAACACUUUCAUAAUGCGCGCGGGAUGGCUCAGCGCGUGUUUGCGCGAAAGGCUGUUUUUGGAUCCUCUGUCCGAGUCGCAGAACAAUCACCGAUUGAAUGUCUUCGUUCAGAGUCACUUAAUUGCAAACGUUGCGGGCGUGGAAAAAGCCAGUAGUGUAGAAAACAAGUCUCUCGAUGAAAGUGUUCGUUCUCAUUCAGUAAAGAAACAGCCGGUGACUAAACGUGACGAAACUCCGGAUCGGCAAUUCAGCUACCAUUCGGACGAUGACCACAAAAGCAGAGCAUCCUCGAUUUCUGACUUAUCGAUUACCGAAGAUGAAGCAGGAGACGAUGCGUCCGGAAGUAACCAGGCUUCUGACGAUGAAGGGGUGACGCCUACAGGAAACAGUGCAGCAAAAGUGCCGGUGUCGCCUCAGAAUGUGGCAGCUGUCGAAAAUGAAGAUAGUAAAGCUUCCAAAUUGCUGAAAAGCAAUAUUUUCCUAAGCCCAACAAGCGGCAAAGUUCUGGCUGUCGAAAACCAAAAGCUAGUUGAACAACUGGAGGAAAUGAUGAAAAUGUACCGAAAUCUUGGAGACAAAUUCCGAGGAUACGCUUAUGCUCGAGCCAUCUCGGCGAUUCGGAGAUAUCCGAAACCGAUUGUAGAUGCCCAGCAAUUAAAAGAUCUAAAAAAUGUUGGACCACGAAUUGCAAGUCACAUAAUGGAGUUUCUGGAUACCGGUCGCGUGGGAAAAAAUGAGCAGCUAGUGCAUAAUGACGACAUUAACGUUGUCAUAAACCUAUUUGUCAACAUCCAUGGAGUGGGGACGAAAACUGCCCAAAGAUGGGCUCAGAUGGGAUAUCGAACACUGGAUGAUGUUCGUGAGAAAGCUUCUCUCACCACUGAACAAAAGAUUGGUUUACAGUAUUAUGAUGAAUUCUUGAAAAAAAUGCCACGUGAGGAGGUGGAAGAGAUUUUUCAUGUCGUGAAAAUUGUUACGGAUUCCAUAGAGAAAGGAUUUAUCUUCGAAGUCUGUGGUAGUUAUCGGCGCGGACGGGAUUUGUGCGGUGAUGUUGAUAUCUUGAUGACUCAUCCGGACGGUCAUUCUCACGAAACCAUUCUUAAGCCGUUGUUGGAUAAACUACAUCAAAAAGGGUUUUUAACGGAUGACCUUUCUAUUUCUGAUGGACAUCAUAAAAGAUAUUUCGGGGUUUGCCGACUUGACCGAAAAGAAGCAAAGCAUCGACGCUUGGACAUCAUAAUUUCUCCAUACAACGAAUGGGCUACUUGCGUUUUCGGUUGGACCGGAUCUAUGUAUUUUGUUCGGUCUAUGCGGGAUUACGCUCAUAAAAAAGACAUGUCUCUGACAGAUUAUGCUCUGCACAAAAACGUCAUCCGACAGGAUGGUGAAAAAGUUAACGAAGGAGAAAAGAUUGAGACGCCCACGGAAGAAUCCAUUUUUGACGCUCUUGGGUUACCGUAUCUCUCUCCGGAAGAACGAGACCACUAGACAGUUAAUCUGGACACUGAUCAAAUUUUCGGGUAUUUUUCUUCCGGUAAUCCGGUACAAUGUGUUUCUAGUACCUUCCUCUACAGAUCUUUUACAGUGGCGAUGGCAGUAUUGGUAAUUACAAUGGUUGUCAUAUAUGGAAAGCUAAUUUUGAAAUUUAUUUUCUUGUUUUUUUCUUUUAAAUUGGUGGUUGGGCUAAAACUAAAUUUUGGUUUAAAUUAUUGUUUACUGG